AUGAAAGUGAAGGACUUGGACGUUCUGCAUUCAGGAUGGGUACUCAAGAAGAAGCGUAAAAAGAUGCAGGGUUAUGCAAAACGCUUUCUCGUUUUAACAAGGGAUGGAAUCUUAACAUACGCAACAGGUCCUGAUAAACUAACUCGUGAUUCAAUCGCAAUUCCGCAUGCCAGUGUAACAACAAGUAAACGUCAUGGCACUUUACACGUUGACAGCGGUUCAUCCGUCUUUCAUAUCAAAAUGCUAGGGGCCACCGAUUUUGAUACUUGGCGUGAUCAAUUAAAAUCUUUCAUCCCUGAAAGCGCAGAAGGGGCAAAAAGACGUAUUUAUAUAUCCUCUCAAAACGGUAAUGAUUUAGAACCGGUUGAUCUUUCCCAUUUAUUUGCAUCUUCAAGAACUGUUGGUAGUUUGAUCACAGCAAUCUCUGAUAAAGUCAAGCAGAUGCAACGUGAUAAAGUUGAUCAAAAUUACCUAAUGAGUCUCAUUCCAGGUAAAAGUGCAGAAGAUUCGCCUUUGGCGCAAUUGUCAACCUUGCUCGAUUCUCUUUCGGCUGAACAUGGUAAUCUGCAACACGCACUCGAAAGCAAAAUUCCUGCAAGCGACAUCCCACAUGGAACGAUGAGCAGUAUUCAAUCCCGUACAACCGGUCACAGAAUGAGCAUCAGCAGCUUCCAUACUUCAAACGAUGAAGCUACGUUCUUCGAUGCGGAUGCCUCAAUGGGCGGCGAUGGCUUAGUGGACGGCGGCGAAAGCAGUCGCGAAGAAAGCAGCGGAGCCGAAGAUGAAGACGAUGACGAUGAUGAAAGUGGUGAAGAUGACGGCAAGCCGAUCUCAGGUGAAUCUCCUUCAGAAGGUGCUGGUGGUCCAAAGAUCGGAUAUCGUCAUCAAUUGCCUGCACCUGUUUCAGGUGAUGAAGUUUCACUCUUUUCAAUGCUGAAAAAGAAUGUCGGAAAAGAUCUUUCUACAGUCUCUUUCCCUGUUUCGUUCAAUUGUCCACUUUCACUCUUGCAAGCAAUUGCUGAAGAAUACGAAUAUGCUCCUGAUUUACUCGAAAGAGCUUCAAGAGCAAAAGGUGAUUGGGUUGGAAGGAUAUGCUUGGUAGCAGCAUUCGCUGUGAGCAGUUAUGCAUCCACAAAAUUACGUGCAAGUCGUAAGCCUUUCAAUCCUUUGCUAGGUGAAACGUUUGAAUGCGUUCGUGAAGAUCGUCAAUUACGCUUCAUUGCCGAAAAGGUACUGCAUCAUCCUCCUGUUAUGGCAUACCACGCCGAAGGUAAAGGAUGGAAAGCUGACGGUUGGAGUUCGGUCAAGAAUAAAUUCUGGGGUAAAUCUCUCGAAUUGAUUCCGGAAGGUACUCUUCGUGUUGAAUUUGAUGACGGAGAUGCAUUCACCAUUGAGAAGCCAUCGUCCUUCAUGAGAAACCUUUUGGCUGGUAAUAAAUACCUCGAGCAUGUCGGUGAACUUACAGUCACCAACGAGGAGACUGGACAGAAGGCUGUGAUUGAAUUCAAGGAAGGUAAUAUGUGGGGCAGCUCUGCUUCCAGAAACCAAGUCAUUGGUUCAGUCUAUGACGAAGAUGGAAAGAAGGUGACCGCUUUGAAGGGUAAAUGGAGUGACAAUCUUGCCAUUCAAAAGGAUUCUGAAAAUUACCAACAAUUAUGGGAAGCAAACGAUAUGCCCGACAAUGCUGAAAAGUAUUACGGUUUCACCUAUUUCGCCAUGUCUCUCAAUGAGAUCACAAAGGAUAUCGAAGGUAAAUUACCUCCAACCGACACACGUUUACGACCCGAUCAACGUGCGUUCGAAGAAGGUGACGUUGACAAAGCAGAAGAACUUAAACAAAAGCUUGAAGGUCAACAACGUGAACGUAGAAAAUCAAGCAAGAACAAUAAACCACGUUGGUUCCAUGAAGUUAAAGGUGAAAAGCCUGAAUGGCAAUAUGGCGGCGAAGAUGGACUUACGUACUUCAAAACCCGUGCAAAAGUUUUUGGUGAUUCGGAAAAAGCAAAGAAGGAAUCCGGUAAAGAACCCAGCAAAGAAGGACCUGAAGCAUGGGAUACUCCAAAGAUUUUUGAAAUGCAAUAA